AUGAUUUGUGGAGGGUGCAAGAACAGAAGGCCAAGAAUAGGAUGGAAGAGGGAAUUCACAUAUGCAGAGCUAUAUGCAGCAACAGAUGGGUUUUCAAUGAAGAACUUUCUGUCAGAAGGAGGGUGUGGUUCAGUGUACAAAGGACAAAUUCAUGGGAUGAACAUUGCUGUGAAGCAACACAGAAUUAAUGGAAACACUAACAACAACAUGCAAGGAGACAAAGAGUUCAGGUCUGAGGUUGAUGCACUGAGCAAAGUGAGGCAUGAGAAUGUUGUUGUCAUGUUGGGAUCUUGCUCUGAAGGAAAUCAUAGGCUUCUUGUCUAUGAAUUUGUCUGCAAUGGUUCGCUUAACCAGCAUUUACACCAACACUGUCGCAGAACUCUGAGCUGGGAGAACAGAAUCAAAGUAGCAAUGGGAGCUGCAAGAGGAUUGCUAUAUCUGCAUGACAACAACAUCAUUCACAGAGACAUGACACCUAACAACAUUCUUCUUACUCAUGACUUUGAAACCCUGCUGGGAGAUUUUGGGCUGGCAAUUACAAGUGAAGAAGAGAGAGAGAGAUCAGAAGAAUGUGUAGGAGGAGAUGAGGAUUACGUGGCACCAGAAUAUGCAGAAGAUGGGAAAUUGUCAACAAAGACAGAUGUUUACUCAUUUGGGGUUGUUCUGUUGCAGCUCAUCACUGGCAUCAGAGCUACUGACAGAACAAGGCUUGGACCUACACGCAGCCUUGUGGAAUGGGCAAGACCAUUUCUGAAAGAAAAGAAAUGUGGGAGUGUGAUAGAUAAGAGGAUAAUGGAAGCUCAUGAUUGCCAUCAGUUGUAUUGGAUGACUCGUCUUGCUCACUCUUGUCUCUCUCAGAAUCCUCACAAGCGUUUGACCAUGGCCCAGGUGGUGGAAGCGUUGAGUCAUAUUGCAGAAGGAUGCACAUGCAGUGAAAAACUCAAGAACUGUGUUUCAUCCUCCCACACACAUUUAUCAUCAUCGCUUCUCAUCUCUGCCUCUUAUGCAACGCAAACUCAAGGUUGA